AUGGAGAAAUUUUAUAAUUCAAACAAUGAAUCAAAUCGUCUACGAUUUCGUAUUCUUGCUAUACUUGCUAUUAUAUUAUUUCUUAUUGGUUUAGCAUCAUUAAUUUUGUCUGUUAUUGAUUUAUUUCAAGGAAAACCAAGUGUUUAUAAUUAUAAUGAAUCUGAAGGUGGAUUAAAAAUUGAAAAUCCACUUUGGCCAUCAUCUGGUAAAGGCUUUUGGGUUGGUCUCGUUUUAAUGGCUACAGGUCUCGUAGGUAUAUUAUCAUCACGUGAAUGUACUCGAUCAUCAAUUAUUGGAUUUACAGCACUUUCAAUUGUGUCAACUAUUCUUUCAUUUUAUAUGAUGAUAACAUGUAUUAUUCCUGUUCAAUAUGAUAUGAAAUAUUCUAAUGAUAAUACACCAAAUUGGCAAUCAAAUGAACUUAUUCUUAAUUCAUUAUUAAUUGCUGCUGGUGCAUUUGGUUCAAUUGUUGGUACAAUAACAUCUAUUUUUGGUUGUAUUUAUGCUAGUUGUUGUGUAGAUCAACGUGAUGAAUAUGUGUAUAGUCCCGAUGCAAAACAGAUUAUGCCAGGAACACCAUCAUCAAUAAGAUAUCCACCAGUAGAUGCAUCACGUAUGGGUUAUACUUAUCAACAACCAACUUUUCGAAUGCCUAUGUAA